AUGUCUUCUCCCGCCAGCCCACAUGGAAAGGGCGGGAGGCUCUGGAAAGCCUUGCUCCUGCCACUGUUGCUGCCACUGCUGAUCACAGGCUCAUGGGCACUACCAGAAGCUCAGCAUCUUCACCGAGUGGCAGGGCAGACGCUUUCUGUGACAUGCCAGUACCCCCCCAAAGGCUGGCCCUACGAGAGGAAGGGCUGGUGUAAGGAGCUGUCAGCGUUCAAGUGCACCAGGCUCGUCACCAGCUCUGGUCCCCGCAGGCUGGUUCAGUCCUCUCGAUUCUCAAUCUGGGACAACCCUAGCACCGGCCUCUUCAUCGUCACCAUGACUGGUCUGAAGGAGGAAGACUCAGGACACUACUGGUGUAGAAUCUACCACACUUCCAGCAACUCUGUCUCUAAGUCCAUAAGAUUCUAUCUGGCAGUGUCACCAGCUCCCAUCACCUUUCCAGAGGUGACCUUCCACCAGCCUCCAUCAAGAGCUCUUAGCACUGCUCCUGCCUCCACACAGGCCAUCCGGGCUUCUGCUGAGCUGGUCUCAUCACCGACCCAGAGCUCUGUGCCCCCAACUGGAAGAGCCAAGGAGGCCCCCAGGGCCUCCUCUGCCGUCACCACCCUUUCACCGCAACAAAACUCCACCCUCCACUCUCACCCUGCAGCCCCCAGCGCUCUGGCCCCCGUGCUCUGUGUGCUGCUUGUGGCCAAGGGUCUGGCGCUAACAGUCCUGACUGUUCAUGCUGAGGAUUUCCCAGCAUUGCCUCCUCCCAAGAUCCAGGCCCACCAGUUGCUCACACGCAACUGGCUUCUGGGCCAGCACCAUCCGGUCUCUGGUACGUUCUGCACCCUGUACCGACUCCGGCUGCAGUAUCGUCCUCGGCCACCGGGCGGCGGUGCGGGACCACAGUGCCCGUCGGCGCACACCCAGACUCCUUGA